AUGGCAAACCAUGUACAAGAUCAUAAUGUCACCAAAAAUCAAAAUAUGUCAGACAUUGACUAUUCUAGUUUUUUCAAACAGAUGAUUGAAGGAUGGAUACGUGAAGCAGAUAAAGAAUAUCGUUUUCCACCAAUAAUGUCAACAGCACUCAGAAUAGGUGAAUUUCCUUCCUUGCAAACCGAAGCUGAAGGUUAUGUAAACAGAUCGUUUUUCUUACAAGGCAAAGCUCAAGCUUAUGUUCGGGAAUGGAACAACUGGAAGCCAUACCGUAACUUGGUGAACAAGAUAGAUGUUUUGUGGCCAAACCUUGAUUCUGAAUGUCCUCCAUAUGAAGCUACAAAUCUGUUGACCUACAUGUUGCAUGGCCUGAGUCGUCGUUACAACAUACUUCGAUUACUUAA